AUGCUCAUGGUCAAUAUAUCCAGCCAUAGAAUUUUCCACCUAUUCUUGCUACAGCUAUUUACCACCACUGUCUUACUCCUGUCUGUUGCCUCGACCAAAGAGAUUCCAUUCCACGAUCAAAACAUACAAUACUAUGGACGUUGGCAACGAACUUCAACAUAUAUUUCAAACAGCUGGCCCGGUGCUUAUUUUAGAGUGAUACUUGAUAAAACACGCUUUAUCAAACUUGACCUAUUCGACAGUUCCACUUCUGUUACUGUACAGCUUAAUAAAGGACAGUACCGAUCGUUCAACAGUAGCACCAGUAGUAUCAUUAAUUUGUUUCCUGAGGGUCUAGAUACAGAGGGGCCGCACGAACUGACAGUCAUUUCUAACGCGAUCGCCCUUAAUGAGCUUGGUACUCGCUUACGAUCUAUUCUCGUUGACGAAACCAGUGUGACCUUACCGCCCUCUCGGAACAAACCAUCCAUAGAAUUUAUUGGCCAUGACCUUACUUUAGGCUUACAAAGUAGCCAACAAAUACUGUCCAGUUUCUCCUGGAAAGCAAGCGAAUUUGCAGGCUUAGAACAUUCGUAUGUUGCGUAUGAAAAUGCUACAUUGAUUGACGGUAUAGAGAAUAUAUAUUUUGAUGGGUUGCAAUCGAAUUACCAUCAACAGCAACAAAUAGCAGUAAACAAUUCUCUCUGGGGUGUUGUCGUUUUACUAGGCACAAAUGAUCGACACAAAGGAUACGCUUCCGAUGAGUAUUUAGAUAGGUUGACUUUGUUCCUAUCCAAGCUACGACGACAACGAUUGAGCGAGAAUGCACCUAUCUUUAUUCUAUCAGAACCUUUAGGCGAUAUGUAUCGACCUUCUCAGCAAUCCGUUCUGGAUCUAACACAGCAAGGAGAUCAAUAUGUUUAUUUUAUAGACACAACAGCUUGGUUAAGGUACGGCCUUACAUACUACAAAGAUGAUGGACAUUUAACAGAUACAGGACAUGAUCUAUUGGCCAAAAAACUAGCUACUCUACUCGAAGCAAAAUUAACCCAUCCCAGAGAGCCAUUGCCUGGUCCGCUACCCAAUCCUAACCUACCCGGCGAUUGGCAAACAACGGACAUUGGCGAGGAAAGUCGUAUUGGUUUACCAGGAACCGUUUCAGCAGAUUCAGACUCUACUUUCACAUUAUGGGGCUCAGGUGCUGACAUAGAUAAUGAAGCAGAUGCUUUUCGGUUCGUCUAUCAACCUCUUUUAGAGCAAGGCGUAAUCGAGGGCACCGUCCGUUCCCAUUCGGCUUUUGCUAAAUGUGCAAAAGCUGGGAUUAUGGUGAGAGAGCAUUUAGGACAUGGAGCACCUUCUAUCAUGAUUGGUAUUUCACCCGCAGAGGGCAUCUUUAUUCAAAUUAGAUACGAAAAUACCGAAUCGACUAAAUUGAUCAAGAAGAUGAAGGCUGCACCCCCUUAUCGUUUACGAUUGAUACGUCAUAAAGAUAAUCAUAUGUUUGAAGCGCAGAUACAACACGUAGAAAUGUCAACUAAUACUGAUGCUGUAUGGGAAUCCUUUGCCAUUAUACCUUUCGUUCUUGCUCGUGACGUCUACGCUGGUUUAGCUGUUACAAGUUGCGAUACCUCAGUUGUGAGCGUUGCUAAAUUUACAGAAGUCGCUUUGUAUCAUACCGCAUUGAUGGCAGUUGACACGGCGAAACCUCAUUUAUUUGAGCAACAAUAA